GAGUAUUUAAUGCGAGAUUCCAACUUAUGAAGCCAAUUCACUCCCAUCAUCGACCGCCAACCCACAGUCAACAUCCGCAGGAAGCAUUGCCGCUCCAAUGGACAUUGACCUCAGCUCUCCCAAAUACUACAGUGAUGGUGAAGGCGACCAACCUCCCGAUGAUCUGCUCCCCCACUCCAAAAGAGCACCCGACGAUAUCUUCCUCACACACCUGAACGAAGUCUACAACCGCUACGUCGACAGAGACCAACACUUGAUCUCCCUCCCCAAAGGCUACACAAUGUACUACUGCAAUCUCGUGAUUCAUGGCAUUCGUCAAAGCGAUGGCUUUCGCUCUACCCACAUCUUCGGCCAUCCCAAGGGUUCUUAUAGGUGUUGGAAACAAUUCGCUGUGCAUGUUGCUAGUAUUGUCAAGGGCGAUUUGGAGAAUUGUGCAUGUUCGCUUUGUGUAGAGAGGGAGCCACCUGACUUGUUGAAAAAGGGGGAAAAGGAAGUCAAGAUUAAGAAGGAAGAAUUGAGUGAUUGAUUGUUGUGGGAGGGCGCGUUUGGGGAUGAUGUGGAGAGGGUGUUAUUUUGCCGGUGCUGGGAUCGCAGAGCGGAGGAUAGAGACGAGAGGAGAUGUCCGUUUACUGCGAUCACAUACAUGGAACCUCAGAACUGAAUGGACGUCGAUAACCCAAAAGUGAAGGAGGCAACAAGCAACGAAACACAAUAGAAAGUGAACAAUGGAACCAAACAACACAAACUAGACUAAACGAACCGAGCAUAACAGUGCCGAACAGACGUGUAUCCACAUUAUCCUCCACGAUCCACCGUCGGCCAAUCAACCAAGUCGUCGACUCGUCCACGA